UUCAAACUCAAAAAGUAAAAGAAAAGUUGAGAGAAAGCACAUGAAAAGGUCUCGGAGCCAUUCCCGAAGGAGGCACCGCUGUCAGCACAGUGAAUCCAGGAGUUCCACUAAGCAUUCCUCAAGCAGCAACAGCAGACACAGACGAAGAUCUCCAGAAUUAGGAAGCCUGCAAAGCUCAGCAAGGCGCUACACCUCCAGGGGAAACCUGCCCAUCUCUGUGGAACAGGGCGGCUCAACGUGGGUGCAGUCCAACAUGCCCAUCUGCAAAGCCCCUCUGAAUCACUGCUGCAUCUCCUCUGACACAAUUAUAAAGCAUUCAGGGUCUGAAGCUGGUUUAUUUACCAAAAAGGAAAGAAACCAUGACAUUGUGACCAAUCAGAAUGAAGGUCAUCAGGGUUAUGAUUCUGGCAAUGAUACAUCCUCGCCGCCAUCUACAAAAACAGGCCUGCCAAGGUCCAAGGACGACAAAGAGAAAAACAUUGUGUAUCAAGUAGGGUUACCCUCUCCGGAGAAACUCCGAUUCAACAAUGCUGACAGCAGCUCGGAUUCUGGGAAUUCUGUGAGCAGUUAUUCAUCCCUGUGUCAACCUCUUCUUUCCACCAGCCCAGUCACUAGCAAAAUUGAAAGAGAGGUUUCCUCUCCAUGUUUAGGCGCAGUGGGGGAGAAGCGUAGGACCUCCUCACCAGUAGGGGGCUCUCUGUCUCUUAGGGGUCUGUCAAGGACACACUUGCACAGCAGCAGCAGAAGCUGCAGUUCUCGAAGCUCCAGCUGUUCCUCACGCUCCCCUGAACACAAACUCUCCCCUGACUACUCCAGAAACAGGUCCCUGUCUUCAGGGGAAAGUUGUUAUUCCCGGUCUUCCAGCUACUCUGCAAAAUCUCGGAAGAGGAGCUUGGAGAGCUGGAGUUCGGAGUCCUGCAGGAGCCCAAGUUACUCCCGUUAUAGUCCAGACAGGUCCCGAGAGACAGAUAAUAAGAAGUAUGGUUCAAAGGGGAAAGAGUCCAAACGAGAGAGAGAGUGGAGGAGAUGCCGGUCAUACUCUCCAAUGAGGAAGCGCAGGAGAGACUCCCCCAGCCACCUGGAGGCUCGCCGCAUCACCAGCGCUCGGAAGAGGCCGAUUCCUUACUACCGGCCAAGCCCCUCGUCCUCCAGCAGGUCCAGCAGCUGCUGCUCCUGGUACAGCAGCCGGAGCCACAGUGCAACCCGCUGCCACAGUAGAACACGCAGCUGGAGCCACUCAACAUACCGAAACCACAGCCGGAGCCCGUCCUGGAGAUCCGGGAGCCGAAGCAGCCGGAGCCCGUCCUGGAGAUCGGGGAGCCGAAACAGCUGGAGCAGCUGCAGUGAGAGCUACGACUCACUGGGCAGCUCCAGCAGGGGGCGCCGCUAACAUCCUGCCUGCUGCUCGGUUCUGUCUCCACGCGGAGCACAUCAUUGCAGGGCUGAGUGGAUCACUUGGAGAUCACAACUUGAAGAGUGUGAAAUACAUAAAGGGCAUUGCCUGUGAGAGUUGGGUAUCACGGUACUGUAAUAAGUGAAAAUGGUUUCCAUUUUAUCAAUGAAGUUGUACCCGGUAUUAUGGAGCUUAAAUGAAACCCCCAAACCCAAAUAAAAAUAUUGAAUUGGCAGGAGGAGGGGCACAGUGACAGCAUUCCACAACAGAGUUCCAUUCCUCUUCCCUUCAUAGCAGCUUGUUAUUUGAAUUAUUUUAGAUGCUGCAUUUUCGUAUUUAAAACUGUACCAUAUCUAUGUAAAGUACUGUGCAGUAUUUUAAACUGAAAUGAACAUGCAAAACCUCAAAGUCAUUUCAUUUGGACCAAUGUUUUGCGUGCAUCAGGUGUUGUUUGUUUGUUUUUACAUCAACGUUUUAAUAUUUAUUUAUUUAUUUAUUUAUUAUAAUAAUAUGCAGUGAAGCAGAGAAUCAAAGCCAUGACCUUCUCAACCAGAACUAAACACAUUUUGUUUGGUCGGGCUUCAUUUUUCUAGUCAUUUUUGUUCAUGCAAAUGUACAGCUUUGUACACAAUCUUUUUCAUUUGCUGCAUCAGUAUGCGGUCAGCAUCCAAACUGCUGUGAUCUUUCUCUACGUGCUCCAGGUACAGAAAUCACUCCUCAUUCAGUAAUAAAGUAUGUAAUGGGUGAAGAAGAGCUCUAGAGCCUUAACUGCACUUGCAGAACAGCUCACUUUUAUAUAAAGGAAAUCUAGAUGCUGUGGCUUGCUCUGCUUGUAUUUAUUUGCAUGCAUAGAAAAUGCUUGCAGAGCAUAUCUUCUAUGAAUACGGUCCAACCUUAAUAUUUGCUAUAUACUGUAUAAGGAACAUCUUAUUUGAAGUUUAACUUAUGCUAUGUCCCUGAAUGGGUAUAAGAACUGGUGAUCUGAACAGAUUUAUAUACAGUAGCUGGUCUUCUCCAACCCUUCCACCUCUCCUAUUAAUCAAUAAAUCUGGUAAAACAGUGGAGCCGUUUAAUCAGUGCUUUCGAUGAUCAGGUUUCAGUCAUCUGAGAUACAUCCCAGCAAACCCUUCUUCAGACAGACACGGGAAUGAUUCAUUACAAGGCCUGGAGUUUAUUUAUUUCAAUAUUUUUCUGUAUGCCGUAAUGAUUGUUACACAGUGCUGUAUGUAUUAUUUAUUUGUGUUUUACAUAUUAUUUUUUCCGCUGUUAUUUAUUACUAAUGACAACAGUAUGUUUUAAUAUAGAUGGUGUCAUUAUGUUCCAAAAAGAAAAGGAUUUUUAAUUGUGUUGGAAAAAAGAACAAAAUGUUUCUGAGAAAAUAGCUCUAGUAACAGUCAAACAAUACAACCCCUUCCCCAGAAUGUGCAGGUUUUUAUUGUCAGACUAUGUGAGUGAGGUGUACCAAAAUGUCACUUGCAAGCGGUUGAUUCAUGAUAUGUUCUCUAUGCACUGUAUAUAUUAAUGGGAGGGACAAUGUCAUGCCUUGGUAUAUUUAUUUAAUGUAUGUAUUGUAACUUAUUUAUAGAGAAUAGUACAAAUCGGAUAUUUAAAAUUGAUGUCACAAAGAAAAAAAUAUUCUAAUACUUUUGGAGUAAUUUAUUUUAGCACAUGCAAAUCAAUCUCUUUUGGUUCAUAGUUCAAUUGAAUUGUUUGUACUUGAUAAUGGUUUUCCAAAGACAGUAAGUGUGACUCCCAACUAAUCCGCUAACAUGAAUUGAGAUAGCUGUUUAGCAGGUCCAUGAUCAUGGGUUAAUGCAAAGCCCUAGUUGUCAUAGCAACUGGAAGUUUGUCAGUUAACAACCCAGUCAAUGGCUGUGGACUUCCUAAAAGAAACAUUAAAUAAAGCGGGUUUGGUCGGGUCAGACUUUUAGUCCUAAACCGAUAUUGCAAGCUGCUCUGUAAAUAUUUUCCAAUUCUCAACAAUUUGAAUAAAGAGAGUCCUUUCUGAGGACAUUAAUGUGUUGAAUGAUGGAAGUAACUUGUGAGAAUUUGGAAGAAUACAACUUGGUAUUAUAGGCAAGCUUCUUUUAGUUUGAGCUUAUGAACUGCAGUGGAAAUGCUUUUAUGUGGCUCUCAACAGUGUGUUACACAGUAGACGGAACGCACUGCACAGAUAGCACAGUCAUUUUAUUUAUUGUUUCUAUUGUGUAAUCAAUUAAAAAACAUAAUAAAAGGAACACAAACAUCUAUAUAAUCUGAACUUUUAGACUAGUCCUUGGGUUCAGGUAACACCUCCAACGCUGUUGAGAAGAUUAAUCACAAAGGAGUGGCUGGGCGGCCCAAGGUCUAAUGGCAUGGAGCCACAGCUAGACUCCCCUUACUCACCUAGAGUCACCUUGGAAUCCAGCUAGAAGGUCAUAUUAAUAAGUAGAACUCUACAGAAAUAAGGUGUAUUUAUAAAAUGAGUGUAAAUCAUGUUCCAGCUGCAUUCGUGCCCUUCUUCAGUCAAGGGCACCUACCAGUAUACGACAGUUAGAGUUUGAAAUGUCUUUAGAACAAAAGUCAGAGAGGAGCAAGAAUCAAGUGGAAAUCCCUGUGCACAUCUUGUGUGUGUGUGUGUG